AUGUCUAAGCCUGCUGUUGGAUUUGUCGGCCUUGGAGCCAUGGGCUUCGGCAUGGCCAACCACCUUGUAAAGGAAGGGUACCCUGUUCACGGCUUCGACGUUUUCCCCGCUUCGGUGGAGCGCUUCAAGGCCGCUGGAGGAAUUCCAGCCUCAUCCCUGAAAGACUCCGCGUAUGGGAAAGAGUACUACGUUUGUAUGGUGGCUUCAGCUCCCCAAGUACAGAGUGUACUCUUUGGCGAGGGUGGCAUUGUUUCCGCUCUCCCUCAGAACGCGACCCUCAUCCUCUGUUCAACUGUCCCUGCAUCCUAUGCCCAAUCUGUCGCGGCUGAGCUGCAAUCACUCGGUCGUGGCGACAUUCAAUUCAUCGAUGCUCCUGUCUCUGGUGGUGCUAAGCGCGCUGCUGAUGGUACUUUGUCGAUCAUGGCUGGUGCGUCUGAUGCUGCUCUAGAGAAGGGGAAGUUCCUGCUUGAAGCUAUGUCCGACGCGAACAAGCUGUACCUCGUCCCUGGGGGGAUUGGCGCCGGAAGCAACAUGAAGAUGGUUCAUCAGGUGUUGGCGGGCAUUCACAUUCUCGGAGCUAGUGAGGCUAUGGGCUUUGCUGCUCAGCUGGGUUUGGAUGCGGUAAAGACUGCAGAUGCUAUUAAGUCGUCUGACUCAUGGACGUGGAUGCAUGAGAAUCGACUGCAGCGCAUGUUGGAGGAGGAUUGGCACCCCGGUGCUAGUGCUUUGACCAUUAUCCUCAAGGAUGUGGGAAUUAUCACUACCUCUGCCCGACAGAACCAGUUCCCCACGACACUUUGCUCCACAGCCGAGCAAGUAUAUCUCUCUGCUUUGCUCCAGGGCUAUGGCCCUGUUGACGAUUCGUCCAUGGUUCGCCAAUACUAUUCAGAGCCAAUCACUAAAGUUACCAACACCAAGUCCACCGAGGACAACGCCGAAGCCCUACAGCUCGUGCUUGAUGUUAUGCAAUUGACCAACCUUGUGGCCGCAGCAGAAGCUAUUGCAUUUGCCCGCCACCUUAAUGUUGAUCUUAAGCAAUUCUUCACUCUUGUCAGCGAUGCCGCAGGUGCUAGCCGGCAGUUCAUGACUAGGGGUCUGGAGAUGAUCGAGGGUCGCAUCGGACAGAACUCAGAGACUGUCAAUGAUGUUAUCAGCCGCCUGGAGAAGGGUGUACAGAAGGCACGCGACCUGCACUGCCCAUUGAAUCUAGGCAAUGCGGCUAUGAAUGUCCUUCUUAUGGCUAAGCGGGCAGGACUCGGUGCUGAAGGCAGUACUAGUGUGAUCAAGGUGUUUGGAAUUUAG